AUGAAAGCAUCCAUGAGAGAUUCAAAAUGUACCGUUAGUUUCUUCAUACCUCCCUCUAUCAACUUGCCGAAAACAGACGAGUUCAUUCGAGGAGGAACAGCUGCGUUAGUUAACAUUCUUUGUACUUUUCCGAUUAAUAAAGUAAUGUUUCGUCAGCAACUUACGGGCAACGGAAUGCUGUCCGUAGGCAAAGCUCUGUAUGAUGAAGGUUUUCGUCUAUUGUACCGUGGAGUCGGCGCCCCGAUCAUGCAGAAGACGCUAAGCACUUCGUUAAUGUUCGGGACGUAUGAUUUUUACCGUCAUGGUCUUCUAUCUGCUCAAAGGAGGUUCUCAGACCCUAAUUCCAGCGAAGCCCUCUGGAUUCGCUUGGCCGCCUCCUGUCUUUCAGGUCUAACCGAGGCUCUUUUGACCCCGUUUGAACGUGUUCAAACAUUGUUACAAAUCCCUCGCUACAACACCCGUUUCACUUGCUUUGUUGAUGCUUGUCAUCAGCUGGGUCUUCGCGAGUCCUUCACCGGCUUCUCUGCCGUAGCUCUCCGCAACUGCAUCGGUAGCGGUCUGUUCUUGCUCCUCCGCGAUCCGCUGCGCGCCCUGCUCCCUACCAGCACCUCGCACUGGCACAACUUAUAUCCUGUUUGUAGUUUUGUGAUUGCGUUUGUUUGCUUGUUUGUUUGUGGUUUGUUUGAGAGAGAAGAAUGGAUUGAUGAUUGAUGAUUGAUGAUUGAUGUUGGGUUUUGUGAAAGAAGAAUGGAUUGGUUGAUGGAUUUGAGCUGGUUCCUUCACCCACGUUGUGUGAUUUCGCGAGUGGAGCCGUGCUGGGAGCGUGCGUCAGCACGAUUUCCUUCCCAUUCAGCGCAGCAGCGGUUCAGAUUCAGAAGG